UCUGAUAAAUAGUAUCUGAAAGGGAAAAAAAAAAGUAUCCCUAACAGGCCUAGCAAACAUUCCCAGGUCAUUCAUUCAGACACAGUUGGGUUUUGGCUCUUCUUCUCCUCUCUGCUUUCAUCUCUCUCAAGCUGUUAUCCACUCAGAGAGAAGUAAGGGUUGUUCGAUUCCAUGACUACACGAAUUGCACCUGGUGUGGGAGCCAAUUUGCUCGGUCAACAUGCCGCUGAGAGGAAUCAAGAUGCCACUGCUUAUGUCGGCAAUCUAGACCCUCAGAUAAGCGAAGAAUUAUUGUGGGAGUUGUUCGUUCAAGCGGGUCCAGUGGUUAACGUCUAUGUCCCGAAGGACAGAGUGACCAACCAACACCAGGGUUAUGGGUUUGUUGAAUUCAGGAGUGAAGAAGAUGCUGACUAUGCCAUCAAGGUUCUUAACAUGAUCAAGCUUUAUGGGAAACCGAUCCGUGUGAAUAAGGCAUCCCAAGAUAAAAAGAGCUUGGAUGUUGGUGCAAACCUUUUCAUUGGUAAUCUUGAUCCUGAUGUAGAUGAGAAGCUCUUGUACGAUACUUUCAGUGCAUUUGGAGUUAUUGUUACUAAUCCGAAGAUCAUGAGAGAUCCUGAGACAGGAAAUUCGCGUGGUUUUGGCUUCAUCAGCUAUGAUUCAUUUGAGGCAUCUGAUUCUGCCAUUGAGGCGAUGAAUGGACAAUAUCUUUGCAAUCGUCAAAUUACAGUGUCAUAUGCUUAUAAGAAAGACACUAAGGGUGAACGGCAUGGUACCCCGGCAGAAAGAGUUUUGGCUGCAAGUAAUCCAACUGCACAGAAGAGCAGGCCCCAUACUUUAUUUGCCAGUGGACCUCCGACACUUCCCAAUGUUCCUCAGGCUAAUGGGGUUGUACCAGUGCCUCCCCGUCCCUUUGCUAAUGGGGUCGCUCCUGGUUCGAUUCCCGCCCUUCGUCCACCACCCCCUCAAGCUGCUGCGUUCCAGCCUAUGCCAGUACCUGGACAACCAACCUGGCAUCCGCAACAGCCUAUGCCACCUCCACCUCAAAUUCAGCAGUUCAGGCCACCACACCCUGGUAUGCAGCAGAUGCCACCACCUCCACAAGCUCCUCCCAGGCCUCUUCCACCACCAGCAGUAAUGGGAAGUCAGCCACCACCUGUCUGGCGUCCGCCACCACCACCCCAGCAUCAGGGUGGACGGCCUAUGCCAUACCCUCAGUCUAUGCCUCCGCCACCACCUCCCCAGUAAUCCUGCUAUGCUGCCACCUUUCAAUUGAAGGAAUGCAAAUCAUAUGGAGUGAUGUUCUUGACUCCCCAAUAUCUGGAAUUUUGCCCAUUUAUUGUUAGUUGUAUCGUUGCAUUAUAUUUCUGAAAUAGUGUAGAUUGUAACAUGAACUCCCUGACCGCUAACAAUCUUACAAUUAUUCCUGUCCAGUAAAGAGAGAGAAACAUUUGAGUUUUGGCAUCA